GGAUUUAAUUAGGCGAUGGAAAAAAGAGAAACGUGUACUGAACGACUAUGGAUCGCAACGAUUAUCGUCAACGCGAUUAUAUAUAGUUUUAGAUGCCUUACGGACUGCCAUUCAAAUACUGAAAGUGAAAUCAACAUGAACUGUGUUGUGGUUUUCGUUCUUUUAUUGUCUACUUUUAUCCUGACGGCUGCAGGUUCAAACGAUUGCGACCAUGGGCGUUUCAACAGUGCAACAAAUAUUUGCGAGUGUAAUGCAGGAUGGACAGGUCCUAACUGCAACGAGCACUAUUGCGUCCGCGGAACAUACCAUUCCCACAACGACUAUUGCGAGUGCCCGGAUGGCUGGAACGGCAGCCGAUGUAACGAAUCCCUGUGCGUCAAAGGUCAUUAUCACGUCCAUGCAAAGUACUGCGAAUGUACCUCUGGGUGGACAGGUACCAAAUGCGACGUGUUAGUCUGUGACCACGGCACGUUUCAUUCUAAAUCAAACUACUGCGAGUGCCAAUCAGGCUGGAGCGGUACAAAAUGCGACGAAUCACUGUGUUACCAUGGUACUUUUCAUGGCAAAACCAACACUUGCGAAUGCGAUUCUGGCUGGGAUGGUGCAAAAUGUGAUCAAAAUCUCUGCGUUCAUGGUCAUUAUCACCCGCACGCUAAGUAUUGCGAAUGCGACCAGGGUUGGAAUGGCGCCAUUUGCAAUGAAUCGCCUUGUAUCCACGGCGAAUACCACAACCACCAAUGCGUCUGUUACCACGAUUGGGUCGGACCUCAUUGCAACAUCAGUUGUUUCCAUGGUAACUUCAGUGUCCCGGACGAGUCAUGCUCGUGUCAAGACGGGUGGUCGGGAAGUGAUUGCUCCACGCUAAUGUGUGGACAUGGUUAUCAACAAACAGUUUUGCUAGAGAGAUUCUGCAUUUGUAAUACUGGCUGGUCGGGGCGUCUUUGUAACGAAACAAUGCACCCAACAGCCCCGCAACGUUCGGAUACAACUACACCUAAGCAAACUGGUAUACUCGGCUGAAUGAUGAUGAUCAGUAUAAUACAACCUACUAUACUGACCAAGAGAUAGGCUGCUUGUUACUAAUGCCUGUGUAAAUUCAUUUACAAUAAGACUUAUACAGUGUUAUUGGACACUGGUGUAAUUCAUUGUAUGUAUUAAGGUUGUUUUUUUUUAUUGAAUACUUAAGCGAAUAGUAUUGGCAUUCAUGGUUUGUCAACAACGCUUUGUUCAUAAUUAAAAAUAUAUGACGAGUGGAUUCAAAUUUCAAAUCGAUUUGGGGGCCGUUUGUGGUGAUUUGUGUUUUUUUGUGUGAAAGUUAUGUCAUUUUCUGACCAAUAAACGAAUGGCGUUUA